UAGGCAUGCAGCUGGUGGCCUGUUUAGCAGUGCUGGUGUUCUGGGUGGAAGAGGUUGUAGAGAGUUGUCCUGAUGUCUGUAAAUGCACCAAGAAAACCAGCCCUGAAAGGUCAGAGGUCAACUGCCACAAGAAGGGGAUGAGGAUGUUUCCCUCCAAACUGCCCCCUGAUUCCUGGAUCCUAAAAAUGGGUGAGUCCACGUAUUGUUUGCAAUUGUGGGAAAACCACCGUCCCACUUUUUAAAGUAUGUGCCAGCUAUUUGGCUCGGAAUCGAUAGGCUCUUUUAUUGACCUUAACCACAAGAAAGAGGCUGUUAUUACCAUCUUCCACUGUGAUUGAUUUCUCAUGCUAUUUCUGUGGUCCAUGUCCCAGGUGAGAACGGAAUAGUAGACCUCCCAGCAAACAUCCUGAAACCCAUCCCCAAGAUCGAAAGCAUCAACUUGGAACGCAACGCCAUCAAAUCAAUACACCCCCAGGCCUUCUCUGGAGCCCAGAGGCUGAUGCUGCUCAAUCUGUAUGGGAACCAGAUCAACAAACUCCCCGUGAAAGGCUUCCAGGACCUCAUCAACCUCCGCUUCCUCAUGCUAGGCCAGAACCAGAUCUCCAGUGUCAAACCAGACAUGUUCACAGGCAUGAGGAACCUUUCAGACCUGGACCUACCCCUCAACUCUCUGACUGCCCUUCCUUCCAACGCCUUCAAGCCCCUGAUCGCCCUAAAGGUCCUGGAUCUGGCCCUCAACCGAAUCGAGAGGAUCUCACCCAAGGGCUUUGUGGGCCUGACAGAGCUGCUGUUCCUCAACCUGGACAACAACAGCCUGAAGAGCAUCUCAGCUGGGGCUUUCAAGCCUCUGGCCUCCCUGGAGAUGCUGGUGCUGGAUAAUAACCUGCUGUCCACUUUGACCUCAGCCACUCUGGAGGGCCUGUCCAGCCUGCAGGAGCUCUACCUGAGGAACAACGAGCUGGAGAGGCUGCCCCAGGCCCUGUUUAGACACACACCCAAGCUCUCCCAGCUGGCCCUCAGUGGAAACCGGCUUAAGACCGUGGAUGGGAACAUUUUCACCCAGCUGUCUGGUAAGAGACUGAUCAUUUACAGCAAACUAUUCUAGGCAUUCUUUCUAAUGUAUUUGUGGACUAUAUGUGUCAUAUGUGUACUUCAUGUUUGAACAUUUGUUCAUAAAAAGUAAUAUAUAUUUCUAUUAUUAAAAAUAGUGUCAUAUUAAGCAUAAUCUGAUUGUCCUCUGCCUCCUGCCAGGCCUAAAGGAUGUGUAUCUCCAUGACAAUCCCUGGACGUGUGACUGCAACAUCAAUGGCCUGGUGCGCUGGAUGUCCCAGACAAAGGCCAACCUUUCCCCUCUGGAGUCCCUGAGGUGUGUUGCCCCGACAGAGUACCGCAACAAAUCCCUCAACAGCCUCAAAGACCAGAACCUACGCUGCCGGGCCUAGACUAGAGCCACACCAACCCUUACUCUGUGCUGCCGGGCCUAGACUAGAGCCACACCAACCCUUACUCUGUGCUGCUGGGCCUAGACUAGAGCCACACCAACCCUUACUCUGUGCUGCUGGGCUUAGACUAGAGCCACACCAACCCUUACUCUGUGCUGCCGGGCCUAGACUAGAGCCACACCAACCCUUACUCUGUGCUGCCGGGCCUAGACUAGAGCCACACCAACCCUUACUCUGUGCUGCUGGGCCUAGACUAGAGCCACACCAACCCUUACUCUGUGCUGCUGGGCCUAGACUAGAGCCACACCAACCCUUACUCUGUGCUGCCGGGCCUAGACUAGAGCCACACCAACCCUUACUC